UAUAUGGCAGGGUCCAUCUGGAAUGUGCAUAUUGUGUUGUGUGACAGUGGCGCAGCUCAUCGCAAGCCCCGCAGGCUGGACAGAUGUGGACCGUCGCUUGGAGGAUGUCUUCCGCUCAGAAAUGCCUCCAGGCCUGCGCCUCGAGCUGCCUGUGCGGCAGAUGCGACACUUCUACUUGGGAGAGAGCGACCUUCGAGCCGACGACCCGGAAGCCGUACGCGGAUUCGUUCAGAUGUGCACCGACGUCUUCGUGGCGGUGCCCACCGUGAGCGCCGCGCGCCUCAUGGCGCAGGGCGGCGCCACCGUCUACGUGUACGAAUUCGCGCACGAGGGCCACGCCCCCUGGCUGAAGACCACCGUGUACAACGCGUCGCACGUGCCCGGCGUGGCCCACGGCGACGACCUGGCCUACCUCUUCCGACACGCGCAGCCCGGCCAGCCCCCCGCUGCCGACCCCCACGACGAGGCGGCCGUCAGGAACAAGAGAGUGCGCCAUCUUGCCAACUUCGCCAAGACAGCAAACCCUACACCAAGACUAUUCGGAAAAUCAAAAUGGCGAGUCUACACACCAUCAGAAGAGAGCUACUUGAAAAUAAGCGCAUCAUUUACCGCCCACGACCAUGUUCUGGGAGAACGAAUUAAUUUCUGGCGUCAACUAGCA